UUACUGAAGCAACAUCAAAGAAUUCAUUCUGGAGAGAAACCCUACAAGUGUGAAGAAUGUGGCAAAUCUUUUUACAAUUCUUCACUGCUGAAGCAACAUCAAAGAAUUCAUUCUGUAGAGAAACCAUGCAAGUGUGAAGAGUGUGGCAGUUUUUUUUCUUCAUUUUCAUACCUUAGACAACAUCAAAGAAUUCACUCCAAAGACAAUCCCUACAAAUGUGAGGUGUGUGGCAAAAUGUUUUCCCAUUCUGCAAUCCUUCAGAAACAUAGUAAAAUUCAUGGAGAGAGACCAUACAAGUGUGAAGAAUGUCACAAAACCUUUCUUUAUCACUCAUCACUUAAGAACCACAAGAUAGUUCAUAGUGGACAGAAGCCAUACAAGUGUGAAGAAUGUGGCAAAUGUUUUUCCGCUGCUUCAUGCCUUAGACGACAUCAAAUAAUUCACUGUGAAGACAACCCUUACAAGUGUGAAGAGUGUGGCAGAUGUUUUUCCUCAGAUUCAUGCCUUAAGGGACAUCAAAUAAUCCAUUCUGAAGAGAAUCCAUAUACCUGUAUACAAUGUGGCAAACGAUAUUCCCGUUCUAGGGAUCUUAAGGAACAUCAAACACUUCAUACUGGAGAGAAAUUGUACAAGUGUGAAGAAUGUGGCAAAGACUUUCAUUAUCACUCAGCCCUUAGGAGACACAAGACAAUUCAUAUAGGAGAAAAACCCUACAAGUGUGAAGAAUGUCACAAAGCCUUUCGUUGUUUAUCAUAUCUUAAGAAACACAGGAGUAUUCAUACUCAAGAGAAACCCUACAAGUGUGAAGAAUGUCUGAAAGCCUUUCAUUUUUUCUCAUCCCUUAUUAAACACAAGAGAGUUCAUAGUAAAGAGAAAUCCUACAAGUGUGAAGAAUGUCACAAAGCCUUUCCUUAUCUCUCAUCCCUUAGUAAACACAAGACAGUUCAUACUGGAGAGAAACCAUACAAGUGUGACAAAUGUCAGAAAGCCUUUCUUUUUCCCCUAUCCCUUAGGAAACACAAGACAGUUCAUACUGAAGAGAAUCCCUAAAACUGUGAGGAGUGUGACAGAUGGUUCUCUUCACCUUCAUCCAGAGUCAAUAUAAAAAAGAAAAGGAAAUUCAUUCUGAAGACAAUCCCUAAAAUUGUAGAGAAUGUGACAAAAACUUUGUUCAUCUUUAUGUCCUUACUCAACACAUGGUAUGGUUCAUAGGGGAGAGAAAUCCUACAAAUGUCUUAAAAUGUUUAUUUUUUCAACCCUUAAAAUGCAUCACAUGAUUCAUUCUGACUACAAACUCCAUGAAUGUGUAAAGUGUGCUAAAAUAAUUGCUAACAAUUCAGAUCUUACCCACCUCUAAUGAAUCCAUAGUGAAGAGUAUUAGGCUAAUUAUUUUGAAUGUCAACAGGAAUCUCUAACUUCAAAUAGUAAAAAUGCUGAGAAUGUCAUCAGAGAAGAGUAGAGACUUCUCUUUGCUGUAACAUCCAACAGUUUGUUCAAGCAAUGUGUUUGAAACUUGCCUUGAUUAAUGAGUCUCUUUCUUCUGUAACUAUAAAUGUUCCCUGAAUCCUU